AUGAGCCGUAGACAUUCUAUCAUCGGUCCGACCCCGGACGCUGGUCCCAGAAAAGGGAUGGAAAAGCGAAGGAUGUCCAUCGCUGAUAUAUCCCUGGCCAAGAAGAAGGUUACCAAAUCUGCGGACUCUAGACGGUCGUCUGCUGCGCCCCCAGCAAGACGAGCCUCCGUCGCCGCCAUUGCUGUUUCAGUCAGUCGGCGAGCGUCAUUUGGAGGCGUUAGUAUCAGCGAUUCACGCCGGGCUUCAGUUCCUAAUUUUUCAUCUGAUUUACAGGGAAUUAUUGAAGGAGAACAUUUCGUAGACGAGUCGGAACUAUUUGACAUAGCUCGUACCGGUUCCGGUAAAAACUCAAAGAAGUCGCGCAAGCGUUCUGAUGCAGCUCUUGGUGAUCAGGAGGAGAAAGAGAAGGUGGUUGAACCUUCUGCCGAAGAAAAGAAAGAGGUCUUCCGAUGUUUCCUCAAUGAAACCUUAAAGUCCGUCUUCGACCUGAUUAUGGUCAACGACAACAUCAACAUAAACAUAGACAAUGUGUUCCCACUCAUGAAGACGCUUGAACUGGAUACCAAGGAUGAGGCUAUCCUAGACAUGGUCCGCACGUCCUGUAUCGAGACGUUUGGCGAUAUCGACGAGGUUGAGUUUGACAACGCUGUAGUGGACCUCAGGAAGAGAACCGUGGGGGAUGAAUUCGAAGAUGACAUGAGGUCAGCGUUCAACUUGAUUGAUUAUGACGAGGACGGAUUCAUUACAACCUCGGACAUCUAUCAGCUGAUGAUGGGUCUAGGGGAGAUGUUAACGGACUAUGAGCUGGACGAUCUGCUAAAGGCCUCCGAUAAGGACAGGGACGGAAAAAUCAGCUACAAAGAUUUCAAAUUAUUCUUAGUCGGAGAGUGGACAGAUGAAGACGAACUCCGCGAAAAUGGCGCCGAUAACGUCGAGGAAGAAGAGGAUAAGAAAGAAGAAUCGUCAGAAAAACAGACCGCAGUCGAAGGAGGAAAGUCUAUUAACGAGGAUGGUACUCCUGUACCUGUCGCUAAAGACGGAAAUGAGGAGGAUAAACAGGAUGGGAAUGACGAAGUGAAGGAAACAGGCGAGAUACAAGAGGAGGGCAAUGUGGUGGAGGUGGUUAAACCGCCUCCCAAGCCGAGAAAUAGUCUAUUUUGGGGGUAUAUGAACAAGGAAGACGAGGAGCAAAACAACGCAAUUGCUGACUAUGUAAAACAGCUGGAGGCCAAAGACAAGAAGAAUGAAACAGUUUUAGAAGAAGCCAAUGAAACAGAAAAAAAUGUAAAUGGGGAUGUGGUUAAAGAAACAAAUGAUGAUGCAGAAAAUGAUUCAGAGGAGACAAAAGUCAAGGUUACAGAGGAUGGCGAACCUCCAGAUCCUCCUGAGAAUGGGAAGGACGAGUCAAAACCUUUCAUCGACCAUAUUGAUAUAAACGGCGAAAAUGAAACCGAAAGUAAUAUCAAGCAUUCCGAUGACGUUGAUUCACUUAAUAUUGAUAAUAUUGAUUCAAAACCUCCAGGAGACGAUGACAUUGACGGUACCGAAGACGCUCGGAGCGUGAUCUCGGUGACCGUUAAACAUCUUGACUCUAUUAUGGAGGAGGGGGAGGACGAUCACGAACAAGGUCACGUGUCCGUCUCAAGGCCUCAGAGUAUACGAAAGUCUCAACUCAUAAGACAAAGCUCUUCCGCUUCUCUACGCAUACGGCCCCAGUCAGGUCUCACUGAAUCGUCCAUUGACGUUUUUGGGGAUGAUUCCGGGAUAGAUUUCAUCGACGGAGACGACUUUAAAAAUGAGGAAGUGUUUGAUAAUUUUGAUGAUGAAGGAGUUUAUUCCAGAGAAAGUUCCGCAAAAGAUCGUGUUGCUUCUGAAAAAAGCCGUGGAUAUCAUUCUCAAAACUCGCAUACUUGUCAAUCCAUUGAGGAGACACCAAGAGAUGGAAUUUGGGAGGAAGAAGUGACUAGUGGAGGUCAGAGGUCAGUUAGCACACAGUUAAACUUUAACGCUUCCGAUCCCGAUUUAAAAGACAUGUUCAAAACGAAAUCCCAUAGACUCCAUCUUUGCACAGAGAAGAAUGGCUCCAUUGGUCCAUUUUGCAGGAAAAAAGAAUCCGAUUCUUCAUAUGACAUUGAUUCUGAUGUAAGUGCAAACAAAAUAAAUGCAAAAGAGUACUAUGACCAAAAGGCACCAGAUCAUUCAUUAAAGCGACUUCACGUACAGAAUCUAGUGGUUGAUCACGUGUACUGUGAGGCGGGUGUGGAGGAGGUCGACAGUGACAGAAUGGAAGUUGGAUCAAUCAUAGACUACUGUUCUAGUGUGUCCUCCCCGCGACCCUCGAGUAGGGUGUAUACCAGACAGACUCCGAAUGUGCCUAUCACUAAACCGUACCGUCGACUUCUCCGCACCACGUCUGCCGAUCGUUUUAAGACGAUUAAACAACUAGAGAACCGAAUAUUACGACAUCAAAACACAGACCCCCAGUUCAGCAAGCAUUCGAUGAUGAAAGCGAAUGAUAGAGUGAACGGCCUUGGGCGAUCAAAUCCUAAUGGUUUGAAAUGUUCCCAUAUCGAUCUGGAUUUGGGCUUAGGGGACGAACUGGACGUCGGCCAAAAUUUCCGGCCGUACUCACCGAUGAGGAGACCGAGAACGGCAAUGACUUUUAAAGAAGCGAGGAGGCGUGGAAUCAACAAAUCUAUGCGGGAGGAUUAUUCUAAGUACGAUUCGGGGAUAGACUCCCCGGAUACUGACGACGAUAAGGGUGUAAGUGUAGUUGAUCUUUCUCAAAGACUUAAAACGCAAUUUGGAGAGAUAGAAGCGUCUAAUCAACCGCUUCAACAUCAUGGUUACAAGAGCGUUUGGCCCUUGGCACGCGUGAUGACGGCGUAUAACAAUAAAUAUAAUGAUGGCAAGAGUAUGCAGCUUAAUUCUAUAUCGCGCAGACUAGAACGUCGAGAGAUACCCGAGUGUUGGGGCGAGCGUGAGAACCCGGAUAUAAAAUUUCGAGAAAGACCUCAAACAGCGAGAGAACCUUUGAAUGUAAGAGUGAACCAAAGACCUCAGACUGCCAGAGUUAAAUCCAGUGCAGGAGGACGACAACGCCCAAUGACGACUGGUAGGAACAUUCGAGCCAGGCCUCAAACGGCGGAAUCAGUACGUGUGUCUAGGACGUGUGCUCAGCCGGCCAUGCUUAAUCACAGUUCUGCGAAGCAAUCUAAUGGUGGCAUUAUCACUCUAGCGCUUCCUUUUCAGACAGAUAGCAAAACACGGUACAAACGUAUGUCGCACCUUUCCAACUACGGAACAAAAUACACUUGAUGACAAGACUGUUCACGUAGAAAAAUUCAUAUCAAAUAACUAAGUUUGUCUUCGGUUUGUUAUGAAAUUCAAAAUUUGUAGCUUGCAUUUUAACUGCCAAUUACAUUGUUAUAUUUAUUUUAUCAUGAACGACUUACAAGGAGGCACGAUGUAUUUACAUCGAUUAUAAAUGGUCAAGUGUUAUCGUCGGUUUAGAAAAUUAAAACGAAUGACGUUCAGUCGAUGUUGAUAUUAAGAAAAUCAAUAUUUUUUUGUAAUUUUCGUUAAGUAACAUGCUAGUAAAUUAAUUUAAGUUCAAAGUUAAAUUGAUUAAUCUCUCCGAAAGCUAACUACUGAAGAAAGCAACGUGUUAUUUCCGUGUCUGUACCAGUGACAAUGUUAUACUAAUCAAGCUGUAUUCUAUUAUAUCAAAGAUCAAUACUUAUCAGCAAAUGUUCUAAUUUUCAUAUUAUUUUCUUACCAUAAAUUCAAAAAAAUAAUAUUCUGCAAUUAUUCCGCCGAUCUUGAUUAUUUCCA